AUGAGCUCAGAACAGGCUAAGCAGGCCUCGGCCAUAGAGCUACAGCAAAAUGAUGACACAGUACACGGCAAAUAUAACCAGAACGAGACGAAUGCGGAGCAAGAUGCCAUGUUCCAGAAUGCCGAUGAGCAGAACCAUCCUCAUGGUAUCAAGCUUGUUGUGAUAGUUGGCUCUCUGGCUGCUUCGGUCUUCUUGGUGGCCCUGGAUAAAACUAUUAUCACGACUGUAAUUCCCAAAAUUACUGAUGAUUUCCACUCCAUAAAUGACAUUGGGUGGUAUGGAUCUGCGUACUUUAUAACCUUUGCGGCCUUCCAACUUGUAUUUGGGAAACUAUUCUCAUUUUAUUCCAUCAAAUACGUCUUUCUUAGCUCAGUUGUCAUCUUUGAGGUUGGCUCUCUCAUUUGUGCUACUGCUUUAACCUCUAGUACCUUUAUAAUAGGCCGUGCCUUCGCGGGGCUAGGCAGCGCCGGUAUAAAUGCCGGGUUCAUCAUUGCGAAGAAGACAUUAACUACCUGGCAGCAGAAGCUUGGUCAGAUAGAUAUCCUCGGUACUAGUAUUCUAGUUCCAGGAGUCGUUUGCUUACUUCUCGCCCUUCAAUGGGGUGGUUCGGUAUAUAAAUGGAACACCGCCCCACCAAUCGCUCUACUAACAGCAGCGGGAGUAGCUGGGCUCGCCUUCAUUAUAAUCCAAGUUUGGAAGCAAGAGAGCGCUACUGUGCCACCUCGAAUUAUCAAACAGCGAAGUGUGGCAUGCAGUGCCUGCUAUGUUUUCCAUGCAGGGGGCGCCCUUAAUGUUAUCCAAUACUUCAUACCCAUCUGGUUUCAAGUCAUCCAAGGCGUUACAGCAUUUGACUCUGGAACUCGCAUUCUGCCAACCACUCUCGGAACUGUGAUCUUCUCUCUCAUUGCUGGCAUCGGUGUUGCAAAAUCCGGAUACUAUACCCCCUUUAUGAUCCUAGGGGCUACCUUACUACUUACUGGCGCCUCCCUUAUAACAACAUGGCAAGUUUCGUCCUCUACUGCGCAAUGGAUAGGGUACCAACUCAUAUUCAGCGCUGGCGCCGGACUUGGUAUUCAACAAUCUCACACAGCUGCUCAAACAGUUCUAGCGUUCGCAGACGUGCCUGUUGGUGCUGUUAUCAUGAUCUUUGCACAGAUUCUUGGGGGCGCAGUGUGGCUAUCUGUGGCACAGAAUGUGCUCACAAGCCAAUUACUCAAAGGUCUCGUUAAUAUCGUGCCGAGUUUAGACCCCAAGCUUGUGCUCGAUAAAGGAGCGACAGGCUUCAGGGACACCGUUGGGCUAGAAUUUCUGGAUGGUGUAUUAAAGGCGUACAACUUUGCCUUGACUAGAACGAUUUAUUGCGGAGUUGCGCUGGCUGCAGCAGCAUUAAUCUCCUCGAUGGGGAUGGAGUGGAGGUCAAUUAAGUCUAUUAAGAAGGCUUCCAGGUCUGAGACAAGCUAA